UGUGUGUAAAAGCAACCAUUUCUUCCCGGCCCGUUCCCUUCAUCUAUUGUACUACAACUAAAUUCUAUCGUUUCUCAUAUAUUUUAUACCUUUCAGCCGCUCCUGUGUGUUUGAUUCUCUCCUAGGCAUGGACCAGAGGUUGAAGGACGCAGCUCAAGCAGGAGAUAUUGAGGCCUUGUAUGCUUUAAUCCGUGAAGAUGCUUUUGUUUUGAAACGCAUUGAUGAGUUGCCUAUUGUUGACACUCCAUUACACAUAGCUGCAUCUGCAGGACAUGUUGAUUUUGCUAUGGAGAUUGUUAACUUGAAGGCAUCGUUUACCAGGAAGCUAAACCCAGAUGGGUUUAGCCCUAUGCACCUGGCUUUGCAAAACGGCAAAGAAGUGAUGGUGCUUUGGCUGCUAGACGUUGAUAAAGACCUUGUCCGUGUAAAAGCAAGAGGGGGUAAGACUCCUUUGCACGACGCAGCCGAAAUAGGCAACUUAUUAUCUUGUUUGGAUGGAUUCUUUGAUGCAUGCCCUGAAUCCAUCCAAGAUGUGACCAAUCAAGGUGACACGGCUCUACACAUUGCAUUAAGGAGCAAAAAAAUUAAAGCUUUUGAAAAACUGAUGGACUGGCUUAGAUGCUCCAUAUUCAUAGAUGCCCAAUUUUGGCAAGAAGAACUCCUUAACUGGAAAAACAAGCAAGGCGACACCCUGUUGCACAUUGCUGCUUCAAGCGAUCAAAUCCAGGUAGUGAAAAUGUUGAUAGGAAAACGCAAUGUUGUUAAGGACAUCAAAAAUUUGGAUGGAGAGACGGCAAUGGAUAUCCUGCGACGUCACCUAACCGACAGAGACAUUAGGGAUAUGCAAAAGUCUGCGUCAGGAUUUUUGUCAUCACUGCUGAAAAGUGUCAGGUUUAAUCAAAUUCAAGUGGGUGUCAAGGAAAGGUCAAAAAUUACCCAAUUGUUUCUUUCACUUUUGGUGUAUUUAGGUCGGACUAACAAAGAGACGCCAAGGGAGACUCGCGAUGCACUACUACUAGUUGAUACACUGAUCGUAACGGCCACCUACCAGGCAACACUGAGUCCCCCUGGUGGUGUUUGGCAGGGUUCAGCAGAUAUGAAUUCGCAUAUUCGCAUUAGUAACUCUACCACCGAAGCAACUUCUCCACAUUUUACAGGGACAUCAGUCAUGUCUUCGGAAACUUUUCGGUUAUUUUUCCUAGCAAACACUUUCUUGUUUUUGGUAACAAGUUUACGAAUUCUUAUGACCUUUUUUCAAAACUUGAACAAAGUGUCGUUCACUCAUGUAUCUAUUGUUUGGUUGCUCUGUAGCUGCAUUUUUUCACUGAUAGUCAUAGCACCGACCGAUCGGCUUUCUCGUGGUUUUCGUGUAGUUUUUUAUUUCUAUAUAGCAAUUGUAGUUUUUAUAUUGUAAGUUAUUUUGUUUCCCGCUUAUCACCAAGUAGAGAGCCUAAAGUGGGAUGGAGAAGACCUCGCCAGGGAAUUCGUCACCGGAAAGAAUGGUGGUAAUAGAUGUACUACACUGCGUUGAUGCUCUUCUAGAUUGUGAGCUCAAAGAUCUUUCUCAUUCUCAUUUGCUCAAUAGAUGUAUCAUGUCACUUCUUUCUCAAAAUUUAUAUUAUAUGAUUUCCCUA